AAAAUAACACUUGGGCAAUUCGUGUGUUUAGUAAAUGUAAAGCGAUACAGGUUAGAAUUUAUCAUGUAUCCUGAAACGACAAACGUGUUCGUGAUACGUACUUGAACUUGUAACGUGAUUGUUGGUGUGCUGUGUACCGCAGCUUUUGCUUUCGAUGGUUACACUGAUAGCCCUAGUUGUUAGCUAUCUACAGUGAUCUGUCACUGAUCCUGUGUGAGAGAUUGUUAUGAGAUCGUUGUCCAACGAACUCGAUCAAUGCUGGUGGUUCACAGUGCGUCACGUUCAAACACGACAAUGGACAACCAGUGCCGAUCUGCUAAAGUAGACGAUUCGAACAACGUCAGCAGAAUAACAGUCGUAGUAGUGCGGUGGUAUUUGAAAUUGGCCAUAACGCUAGUUUCACUACUGAGUUGGUGCAAUACAACCAGCUUCUAAAACGAUAUUGUUUAUAAUUGCCGCGACAAUAACAACAAAAUAUUACAUGGAUCGAUUGAUGAGACAAAAAAGACUGAAGCAAAAUUCAAGGAAAAGUGCGCGGCGCCACAGUCAGAGCCAAAAGGUGACACGAGGCAGUUCCGGGUAGUAAUAACAACGACAGCAACGACAACAAGAACGAUGAUAGCACAAACGGCAACGGCCGCUAAAGGAUCCACAGAGACAGCUGCCAUAGCAUAGCAUGCCAUAAAAAUCCAAGUGCGUGUCUUAGUAUAAACGUGUGAACAAAUGUUCUAAAUUCAAUUAGUUACACAAACAUACACGUGCAUAUGCACGCCCAAACCACAAAGUAAACAGUCGUUCAGGAGAAAUAGGGAUACACAGACAGACACACACGCAAAGGUCAAGUAGCCACAACAGAGGCAAAAUAUACAGAUAUGAUUCCCGGAGUCAAAUAAAAUGCAGAAGAUGACGACCAAGGAUUAAUGACUAGCCAGGUUUUGAGCGAAGAGGAAUUGAUUUUAGAGGUUUCCCUAGCAAAGGUUCAACGAGGCGGACCGUGUAUUUAUCUAAUUGAUACCGAAGGGAGAGUAAGUGUGAAAAAAGGGUUAAAGCGAAAAUAAUAGAUAAACUGAUACCACUAAGGCGAUGAACAGCCGCCGUAACAACAAACAGAAAGAGGAGGAAACCAACCACUUCGCAAAAAGGGCUUCGCGCGCAGUUGUUACCUUAUUCAUAUAUGUCAAUCAGGGCUUGGAUAUUAAAAGUUCAUGUAUAUAGCCAUCUGGCCUGUGUGUGUUUUCUUCUACGAUUUCGCAUUAUUUAUUCCGCGACCGGACCGCCUGCCGGCCUUCGGCGUUCGGACGUUGUUAUGUCCUAUCGAAGCCUGUUGUGGCCCCACGAAGCAGAAACGAGCUUUUGCGAAAGAACAACAGAAGGCUCAACAACGAAGCAAUUGCCAUCGAAAUCUACCGCAGCGAUCGUGCUACAUUAGAGUCGAGGGGUAACUUCGACGAACAGCGUAACAAACCGGAAGAUAAAGCAUCGAAUCAGGCUGGUCUCGUUCCUUGUCUACGGGAAGUACCGACGAAUAAGAUAGAAUUAAAUAAUUAAUAAGUCACCCUACGCUAAACAGGACUCAGCAGUUAAUUCUUAACCCAGGGGUCGACAUCUAUGCGAAUGCUGUUGCAUAAAUACACCGAAGAUAUAUUAGAACUUCGUUCUAUCGAAACUAUAAGUGCAAAAUAUUUUGCAUUAAAUGUAAUAGAUUUAUGCAAACAGUAACCCGACGAAAAGCCACUGCACUGUAUAUUCUCUCACCCAUUAGAAGCGAUAAUAGUAAUAAUAUCACUGUAAAUCAUAUGCAUAAGAUGUAUGGACAGCGUAAUCCAUGAUUUGUCUUCGUGAACGUGUCUGUGUGUGUGCAACUGGCUGCUGCAGAUACUCUGCCAUAGUUGAUAUUUCUACCGGUUAUAGGUGUCGUCAGCGUGUUUACAAAACUCAAUCUAAUUGAGAACGGCUUACCUCUUUCAGUCAUAAAAGCAAGACAGUAUGCACGAUUUCGACAAGACGACUAACAACACAAGGUCGCUAGGUGGCCUCAGAAUAAAGUUACAGGAAAAGCCAGGAAAUGAGCCGCGCCUCUAGGGACAUCGAUAAAUCAAUGAUUAGGCUAUCUAAUAGUAAGCACACAUCGAACUGUUGUUUGUUUAGUGCAGUUCGAGUUGACAACGAUCGAAACAGGGAACGAGACGACGAGACAUACUGUCCAUUCGAUGCGACCAACGGCAAACGUCGAGUGUCAUCCCAUCAUAUUAACUGGCGGAAGUCUCGGUGAAGUAGCAGACGCGUGAACUCGACGGUGUCGUCAACUUUAGGACCAGCAGUUACGCUGCGGUUGACCAACGGCGAAGUGGUACCACGGCAGCACAGCUUUUUAUUCCUAUCAUGUAUGUCCAUCUGCCUGUCCGCCUAGAUGUUCGUUGACUGUCUGGGAGUACACAAUCAUUCCGCCUAUGGUCAAUGGUGUGGUAGAGGCCGAUCAGUCAUUGUUUGGGUCGCUGAUACGUGAUUUAUCAUUGUGGUCAGCCGGUACUAACAACACAAUCGUUUUGCACUGGAUCACGUGUUUAUCGUCACUUGCAUCAUCGAACGGGUCAUUGUACAGCGAAGAUAGCAAGACCGUUAUCAGCUACGACAGCAACUAUUGCUUCAGCCGUUACAAGAAGGGCACGGCCAGAUCUAUCUACUGAACUGAGGUGUAUUAGUAUAGUGUUUUCAAUUGUGUGAUUUGCCUCCCUGCGUAUCCCAAAGGCAACCUACGACUAUACUGUUAUAGAUUUGAUACUCCAAUACAUUUAUGGUUCCUGUUUGGCUUUUCGAAACACGUUAUCAUUUCAUUGGGAGUUACAACCGUACAUGCGUCAUUAUUGUCCUUCUUGGUGUUACUAUGAUUAUCCUUGAUCAAGAUUAAAUCUACAGGGUCGCCUGAACUCAUCACAACCAAAGUAGAAGGGAACAAAGUGGCGAGUGACAAAUUGGUGCUAGGGCCUUGCCUGCCCCUAACGCACGGACAAGGACCCAGCCAGCGCUCACAGCCGUUAGCGCUAUGCUACGUUGAAAAUUGUUUACUGACACGGAUUGCGUAGCCAGCCAACAAUCGCAGAAACAGCUACAGCGUCAAUGUGUAAACAUCUGCAACAGCAAACAAACACAGACAACAGCCAACUAGCAAUCUGCCACCGGUCGUCGAUUGUUGUACGCUAAUAGACGACAGACAGCUUUAUCGCAUCCGCUCGGAGGAGAUCUGAAAGUCUUUUUAAAGCUGAAAACGAUCGUCCGCCGGCCGACCGUCUUUCCGCUGAGGCUGGGCGUAGCGAAGAAGCUGACGAGCGUAUCAACAAUCAUGCUGGUGAAUCGCUGCGAGCAAGGGACAGGGGGCGCGGAGACGGGAACAGGGGGUACAAAGAAGCGCAAGAAGGUGCAACUCAACUUAGGAGGCCUGUCGAUGCACUCACCUAACACAGCCACGCAGUCGUACAGUCCGCCAGACGUGCACGACUUUCCGAUGGCGCCAACGUCGUCAUCCAAAAUGAAAGUGAUGGUACAACACGAAGUGAAGGGGCCCAUUCCGGUACCGCGACGAGACAGGUCUAGGUCCCUAUGCGUGGACAAGCUACCCACGUUUUACAAACAGCCCCCCAGCCCAGUAUUCGACGUUAAGUUCCGUCACCUAGGAACGGCCAAGGCCAACGCUAUACUUGGACGCCGAGGAUCGGAAUACUCCUCGGCCACCAGCGGUUCGGUGGAUAGACUCACCGUACAAGCAGUCUAUACAUGUUCAUCCGCCACCGAUCUCGCUGCACGUAGAGGAGUUUUUAGUCGUCGACACUACGGAUCGGUGGAGAUGCUCACUUCUUGUGAUGGAGAUAACGAAAAUGUUGUGCGGAGGUUUCGCGUGGAGACGGGAGAACGGUCCGACAAAGACGAGCUUUCCUUUCUCGGUCCUGGUACGAAUGCGUCUGGAGGGCCCUCCUCGUCCAGCAGCCACGUCCGCCGCGUGACCACUGAAGAAACUCUCAAACUGUUUGGAUCCCCCAGCACCCCCGUCCUGGAAAAUCCAGAGUAUCAGACCAGAUGGUACUUUAAGUACUUCCUUGGCAAACUGCAUCAGAACUAUGUUGGGGCGGACGCAGAGAAGAACCCAUUUUUCUUGUCCGUUGUGCUCACUGAUGCCAACUCACAGGGCACGCAGCAGUACCGGGCCAUUCUCUGGCGAAAGACGGGGGCGCUGCGUAUUUGUCUUUCACAUUGCCCUAACAAGCCGCUAACUGUUAAGUCGAUCCUGAGCAAUUUCGAAACGCUCGAUCGAGUCGACAAAGGUCCGAAGGAGAUUUUUUCACCUGAUAUUCAAAAGGACCUACUUUUACUCGAGGAGCAGGAGGGCUCCGUGAACUUCAAAUUUGGGGUCCUGUAUGCCCUUGCAGGGCAAACAACGGAUGAUGAAAUGUUCAGUAAUGAAACGGGAAACAAGGAUUUCGAGAGACUGGUCAACUUGCUGGGCGGGAAAGUGCGCCUUAAGGGCUGGGACAAAUACAGGGGCGGACUAGACGUCAAGGGAGACAUGACUGGCAAACAGUCCGUGUAUACGAUCUACGAGGGGCACGAAAUUAUGUUCCACGUAUCAACAUUGCUACCGUACUCCAAGGAUAACCGACAGCAGGUGGAGAGAAAAAGGCAUAUCGGCAACGAUAUAGUGAACAUCAUAUAUUUGGAAGGAAACUACGAGGACCAUAUCAAUUUUAAGCCAUCCAUGAUAAAGUCUCAAUUUACACACAUCUUCGCGGUGAUUACGUAUGAUAAAAGCGAAGAUGCGUUUCGCCUUUCGCUUUUCUCAGAAGAGUCGGUUCCAUUAUUUGGCCCUACGCUUCCCUGUCCGCCCGUGUUCCACAAUCAUCAGGAGUUUCGGGAGUUUUUGCUCGUCAAAUUGAUCAACGGCGAGAAGGCAGCGUUCAACACGCCGAUCUUCGCACAAAAGAGGGAACGUACCCUGGACAUGCUCAUCAAGGACCUUUAUCACGAGCACAUAUCUGACCGAGGGACGAUGUUGAACCGGCGGGCGUUCUCCGAUGUCCUUCCCGAAACCCCUCGAGGAUCCCGAAGGAAAGAGGAGGCUCGCCAGGUGGAGUUCGUCCGCAUCGGACAAGCACUGAAACUGGACACGAUCGUAAAAGGCGACGCACCCACAUCGCUAGCAACAACGUCUCUGUUCAAACGGGAGCCUUGGGAACCACACUGUUUUUACCCGGACUUCCCGCACGAAGUUAUCUGUGGUGAUUCCUGGGCUGAAAAGCGGUUAGUUCUCGCAACAGAAGCUGGGAUAUAUAUUAUCGAAGAGGGUCUUCAGCAUCGGCAAAUCUUUGACAAAAGUGUUCAAGUGAAGCAGUUAUCUGUUGUGGAAGCUCAUGGCAUCCUGCUACUACGCACGGACCGAGGUCGGGACUCGCGUGUCCACGUAUUCCGCUUAUCCGACUUUGAGAUCGAUCUAUCAUUCGGCGCUGUCAAGACGCGCCAUGAUCUCAGAGAGCACCGUCUGGAGCGUACGAAGGGAUGCCACCUAUACUCGUUAAGCCGCCCCGGUGGCAGUCACUUGAGGAUGGCAGUUUGUAUCAGUCGGAAGCUACUUCUGAUGCAGUGGCGCCACUCAGCAGCCUGGACAACUUGGUGCGCCGCUUCUGACACCGAUACGAUCGACGGCUUUCAGCUCGUUCGAGAGUUGAACGUAAACGAGGCACCCGUGAUUUGUACUCUGGUCGACACUCCACGACCCGGUGCUGAUAACCAGAUCUGCGUGGGGUAUCGCCAUCAGUUCGAUCUGAUCAACGAAAAGACAGGCGAGAUUGUGCGGCUUCACAAUCUUGACAAAGUGGAACGUCUUCAUCUUGUUGCCGCGUUAGACAUCUACGAAGAUGAUGAGGCCGAGCUACUACUUUGCUACAACCAUACAACGCACUUCCAGAAAUUGCAAGAGGAGACAAUCAAUACAUUUAACUUUCAAUGGAACGCGAUGCCUGAAGGAGUCGUUUGCGUAUUUCCGUACAUAAUGGGUUUCAACUACGACAGCAUCGAGAUUCGCCUGAUCAUCAAUGGAAAUCUCGUUCAUAAUAUGGCCAUGCCAAAACUGAAACUCAUUGCAUCGAAAAGCGACAUCUUUUUUGCCUCAACGGCGCCUGAGUUUUUUCAGGUGCGCAAGGAUCGAGUACGUGAUGAUCCGACGGCCCAAAUGGGGCAACAAGGACAAUACUUUACGUUCAACAAUAACCUGAGCGCUAUCAACAGAGACCCCUCGCUGUCGCCGCCCUCGUCGCCGCAUUCGACAGGUAGUACGGGUUCAAACGGGGGCGUAGAUGGAGGCGCGGCGGUUGGAGGCAGUGGUUUGAAGCCGGUGCGUAUUUAUCGCAUUUCGUUCAGCUGCCUGACAGGGAACGCGUCUCCGUGCGAGCGACGUUGCCCCACCCCCUCGCUUCCUUCGCCGGCAGCCUUUCUGACAGCCGCUAAUAGCGCGCCCGGAGCUACCAGCGUCACCCAUAACAACUAUGCACAGCAACAGUACUUAUCACCGGACUUCCAGGAGGGCUGCGGAGGCCGGCCGAGCCGCAGCGCGUGCGCGUCUCCGGUGCCGCCUUUACGUUCGCUUUCGCCGUAUGGCAGCUCGAAGCGCAGCGUAAUGCAUAUCACCCACGCAAACAAUAGCUCGAACAGCUCCGACUCCGGACUGGGCAGGAGUCUCGGCGCCAGCCCCCCUGCAAGCCCUUUUCCUACCUCCGCCGCACCGGCGACGACAACAGCCGCUAACACAACUCCCGGAGCAUCAGCAGCAACCAACAACGGAAAAUAGCUCUCGAUUUAUGCAAGACAUCAUCAAUAACACAAAAGAAAUAGAGAAACAAAAUGCCGAUGACAACAACAAUAAUAAACAUUGGGAAAGCAACAACGUGUGAUGAGUGGUAUACAGUACUAUAGGUGACGUCAUCUCAUUUGUGUGGACUAUCAACCGAACAGGAACAUACCACGUAGAUAUUGUUUAAACCAUUCAGAUAGCUUUUUGCGAAAAAAACGGCUAGUUAGGCACAGAGCUGACGUCCAUAACCUGCUGAUUCACUGGCAAAAUCCUAAUACAGAGUUGUGCUGGGCCAAUUGGCCUGAUCUGUUGGCUUGUCGAUCUCAUUGCAGAUAGAUACAGAAAGGCGAACAUCAGGUAGCACAUAAAGAACGAUAACACUAGGAGAUAUGACGCUGGAAGCGACCGCCGUCUGUACCAUCCAUUUACGGCUACCGACAGUUGGGUUUGCGCCUCAACCGGACUCCUGGGCCGGGUCUCAAAGAAAAAUUUAUGCGAACGAAAAAACACUAUGCCUACAACAACAACAACAACAACAACAAAGUUUUUGUAAAUCAACAGGAAAGGGAAGCGAAAUUAUUUUGGGCACCUGAAAUAUCCCCUCGUGUUUUAAGUCUAUGCUGCCUCCGCUUUGACUAAUAAGUAUAGCGUACUUAACUGCAUUUUAUUAAACUUUAAAUAAUAAACGUAGUACGGCAAUUUACGUCUGGUAUAUUGUACAUCUAGCAGAAAUCUAGCUAGAAAGCUGGUAAAUGUAGUGAAGGCCCCUCUGUUGCGAUGCAAUUCAAAGACUUCAAUAAUUUCCGACGAUGUGCUUAAAACGAUUGAUUUUUACUAGUUUCAUUGACUUAACUAAGUACGGGUAACACGAAUUUCAUCAACAGGAAGCUGCGACUGAUAAUACCGUACAUAAUUUAUGUUUUGCAUAAUAUAAAGGCCGAUACCAACACUAAACUUUCUUUAGCUAGUUGAUAAGGAAAGAGCCGUGGAACGCGUGACUGACAAGCGUCAGUCCCAAAUGAGGGCAGUUCUAGUGGGCUGCAGAUAGAAGCAUGAAGAUCUUCAAUGAAGACGAAUAGUUCGAAUUCGAUCAGGUGAUGUGAGCUGCGUGGGUCAUCGAUCAAAAGUCCUCAAUAUUGAAUAGCUCCACUGGCAUAGUAGAAUAACGGUCAAAUAAGACAAGCUUUCCAGACGGCCCACUCAGCUGCCCGCUCGAAAAGCGCCAUAAAAAAAAAAAAACUAAAGCGAAGCGCGAGACGCAAAGGAGAAUACUGUCUCUCACCGUGCAGCUACACAUCAAAUUGCUUUUUUGUCUUUUUUUUUUUUAUUAUGACUAUAAUUUUGCUAUGGAAAUUUUACGGAAUCGCUUGAAGCGUGAGAACACGUACAUAAUGCGACCAACUUUGUCAGCGGUUAAGGGAGGAAAUGCGUUGAAAUGAAUAGAUUUAAAUAUACGUAGAAAAAGCAUACAACACUGAUCAAACAGUAUCGUAUUAUUUACACCUUCGAACUGGAAAAGGAUGUCAUGACGGCAAGAGUCAAAAAAGGUUACAGUGAAUAUUCCAUAAAUAAAGGUACGACAUUAUUAUACUAUUCUAUGUGGACAAAAACAUGGCCGAGCGGUCGAUAACGACGCACGGUAUAAUAUAACGCUUAUUACGUGACCAUAUAUACGACGCACGCACACGCAAUGGAACGAACGAUCGACACAGAUGUUGAAAAACCAGUAAAAAUAUACAGAAAACAUAACUUUUUCGCACAGCAUACAGAAAUUAUUAAAGCGUAGAUUGCUCAGCGUAAACUCAACACGACACAAUAACACAUCUGCUCGUGUACCCCUGUUCAACAUAUAUAUAUAUAUAUAUAGGUACUAAAUUAAUGGCGAAAACGAAGCGAAAGGAGACCAGCAGACAGGUGAUAACAUACAAAUGUAGGUAACAUAGAUAAUAAUGAAAAUGUCAAAGCGUCUAUAUAAACAACAAAUAGAAGACAGGGGACAGCGAAACGAAUUGUUGUUAUUACACACAAUCUGAAAGAGGCGCAAUUUCUAUGAACCUAUCUAUGAUAACAUUACGAUGGUAGCAUCGAGCAAAUACGUACUUUCGUUAAUAUUGACGAUAGUGCAUAGAUGAGGAGUGAGAUUUGCGACGAGGAAAGUUCUAAUUUAUGAUACACGUAUACACAUACGACAGUUACGCAAUAGGUCUAGUAGAAAUUGUAACGACCCAAAUCUAGUGAAACAACCACGGAAAAGACAACACACACACACACACACACACACACACACACUGGGUAUCCAGGAUCACAUGCCAUUACGACAAAAACCUAAUUUUAGUGCUGUUCUUUCUUCACGUCCGAACAUUGUGAAAAAUUCUACGAUUUUUACCUAAAAUUCAAAACAUGUUAGGGGAAAUACUAUAUUUCAUCUCCGAAUAGGGAAAUCUCUCGUUAGCUAGCAGUCUGCAGCAGACAAAUGUAAAAGUUGAUGUAAGCGUUAGUCCAAUCACCGCCAAUAACCAACAAUAGCAAUCGCGUAGUAGCCAGUAAAUAAACAAAAAAUCUCGUGCACUAGGUUCGUGGCGUACAAAGACCCGAACAUAUAUGUAGAGCUCUCCCUACAGCCAAUAUUCGCUAUACAUGGCCUAUCGCCCGCCUUGUCCUGAUAGCAUGUGCCACUGUAGACAAUGGGCAAUAUUCUUCAUUUUUGCUGACCGUUUCUCCUCCGUACUGGAGGCCCCGUAAGCGCUGCGUGGACCGCCUCUCUCAUUCGUUGCAUAAAGCAGCACUGUUGAUUAAUCCUGACGACGAUCCUGACGAGUUUUAUGGUCUGGCUUGCAACAACUGAUCAAUAAGUAGCGUAUGGGCCAAUGUCUGAUUAUUGCUUCACAUAUUUGUUGAACAUACAGUAACUAUUUGCUCCUGAACUAUUAGCAGAAUUUGGCCGUCAUCUACGAUUUCGACAGAGUACUGGCGGUUCACAAGGCUUUUCAAACCCCACUGCGAGGACAGGGGCACUGGUGGGCGGUGUUCAAGGAACAAUAUUGUGACAGCUGAAACAGAUAUACGUGUAGACUGGCAAUAGGUGCAAAACCAACCAUGAAAAUGUGGCAAUAAUGAGUAUCGCAAUGGGUCUUUGUAAAAGGGCGACUAUUAGUAAGACGAAUAAUAUUUAAAUGACGGGUUCAUUACUAAAGCGAUCCGUUGAGAAACAAUGGGUCAACAAAGGGUACGGAAACCCACGAGCUGCAACGCUUGAGUAAAAAAAGACCAAUAGUCGCAGAGAUAGUACAGGUACAGAUAAGCGUGGCCAUAGAAGCACUUCGUAUUAAAACUGUUUUGUAAAUAUACGCCUAUUCUGUCGAAAUUACCGUAUGCUGUCAGUAAUACGUUCGGUACGUGUUAUUAUUAUUGCUCUUCUUUUUUGCUCGUAAGAAUAGUGCGAUACAUAAAACUUUCGUCCUUUUCCUUUCGUGCGUACCGUUCAACUUCCAAGAAAGCGCUGUCGUAGCCAGGCCCAAUCUGGUCCUGGCUGAAGGUGUACGUGGCAGGUGAUAACUUAACUGUGCUAAUGAGGAUUGACGGCUGUAUUUAUUAGAAACGCAGUGUGCUUUCCCUGUGCACCUUCUGAUAUUUUCGCAGUGUUUCUGGAGAUCCAUUUUCUCGUUGUGACCCUGUGCGUCUCACAGAUGUUCUCAAGCAUCCUUUGAUUGAAUGCUACCAGACAAGUUCACCUAUCGCUUGACCUCGAGACAACACCGACAGCCCCGAUUUUAAAGCGAUUGUAUGUGAUGGGUUACACGCAGCGGAUGGUUAACUGCUAAACUAUAUACUGUGAAAAUAAGUUGAAAAACUUGUUUUAUUUUUCCUGUUCACGAAUGAACGCAAGGGCGUCACGCUUAUAUACACAUAUACUUGCAUAUGUUAAGCAUACGGGGCGUUGUUAUAUAUGCAUAAAUGUAUUGUUUCCUUGCGACUUAGUAUUUUCUUCUUUUACAUGACUCGGUUUUAGUUAGGCAAAAAUUAGUAAAGUCCAAAGGUCCAAAAAUUAGUAAAAUCAAGAAAGUAGAGGCGAAGCGUCACAAGCAUGAUGAAACUAUGGCACCAAACCCGUGUCCUAAUCGGAAACAGUAUACCACUGUUUCCGUGCUACGCCAUUGUAUGGUGUACCACUGUUAUGGAUUGAAAGGGCAUUUCUAAAUUAAUGAUUGCGAACGAUUAGCCAUCGAAAGGGCAGUUGAGGGCCUUGUCUGACUUAUGAUUUUAGGGCACUUUGCUUCGUUAGAGUUUGAUGUUACGGCGCGAGCUGGAAUCCUGUGCCAGGUCGAUAUAUCUCAAUACAGCUGUGUGUGGAUCACUGCGCGUCGAUUAUUGGUUUUUAAAAUGACCAACGAUGUUUGGAGCCUUAAGAACGAAGACUGGAAGGAAGCGAUGGUUGCCCCAAGCAGAUUUUAAUCAGCGAGGGUUCUGCCGCCCCGGAUAACAAUACUCAAGAUUCAGCCAAACGUCUUAGAUAAUAUAUAUAUAUAUACACAAAAAUAUAACUAAGUAUUAAUAUUAGUACUAACGUCAUUUAUAACGAGGAUAAAUGAUAGCACGACGAUAAUAUAACAUGUAUGUAUAUAUAUAUGUAUGUAUAUAUAUAUAUAUAUAUAUAUAUAUAUAUAAUGUAGGGACAACGUUCAUAUAUACGGAAACAAGCAAUGUGGGAAGUAGUAGUGGAGAGACAAUGGAAGACAAAGCAUAAAAGCAUUCACUGCGGCGAUAUGCUGAGGGCAAUGAUUAUUAAUAUUACUGUUUUUAUUUUAUAUUGGAACAUAACAGAAGUGCACAGACUGUAAUAAAGUAUGGAAAAAUCGUUUCCACUGCAGGUUGACACAAAAGAAAGCGCAGCUUAGAAACACGUAGGACUAUAAGGGCAAAAGACAGGAAGCAGCUUCCGCACGGUAGAACAAGCUUACAUUGGCAGAGUCUGACGAUAUGGAGAAUGAAAUUAACGCUCUAGACAUAAGCAAAUGUAUUAGUGGUUACUAUGCUACUACUACUACAGGUAAAAAUGAUCCUGUAGUAGUAGCAUAGGGAGAAAAAAGAUAACGAGAGAGAGAGAGAGAGAGAGAGAGAGAGA